AGGCGCGUUGCUCCGCCCCCCGCUGUGUUUGUCAUAAACCUGGCUCCUGGCUCCAAUAAACCCGGGCUAAGAGCGCCCUGGGCUCGCCUCCUUCUCCAAGGCGAUCAAUAGGAUCUCAGGCGCACUCCAAGCCCUCUCCUACGUAGACAUCCAACAAGGAGAGAGCCGACACAACAACACGCGUGAUCUGCUCCAACCACAAAAAAAGAAAAAAAGAAAAAAAAAAAAAAAAAAAAAACAUUCUACCUGCUUUCUGAAUCAUGUCGUUGAGCCCAAAGCACACAACGCCUUUUUCAGUGACAGAUAUUUUGAGCCCAAUCGAGGAGACCUACAAGAAGUUUGGUGCCAUGGACGGCGCAGGGAACCUAACCUCUCCACUGGGAGCCUACCGGCAGCCGCAGGUGUCUCAGAGCGGCAUGCAGCAGCACUCCAUGGGCCACAACGCCGGCGUGGCGGCCGCCUACCACAUGCCGCACUCCGUGUCCCAGUUCUCCCACAGCGCCAUGGGGGGAUACUGCAAUGGGAGCAUUGGCAACAUGGGCGAGCUGCCGUCCUACCAGGAGAGCAUGAGGAAUAGUGCAGCAGCAACAGGCUGGUACAGCAACCCGGACCCAAGAUACUCCACCAUUUCUAGAUUCAUGGGACCUUCCACAGGUAUGAACAUGGCGGCCAUGGGGGGUCUCGCCGGGAUGGCGGACGCCUCCAAAUCCAUGCCGGUGCUGCACGCCGCACCCCGGAGGAAGCGGCGCGUCCUCUUCUCGCAGGCUCAAGUCUACGAGCUGGAGAGGAGGUUCAAGCAGCAGAAGUACCUGUCGGCGCCGGAGAGGGAGCACCUGGCGAGCAUGAUCCACCUGACGCCGACCCAGGUGAAGAUCUGGUUCCAGAACCAUCGGUACAAGAUGAAGCGCCAAGCCAAGGACAAGGCGGCGCAGCAGCUGCAGCAGCAGAGCCAACAACAACAACAACAACAACAACAGGACGGGACCAUGUGCCAACAACAGGCCCAGUCCCCGCGGCGCGUAGCCGUACCGGUUCUGGUCAAGGACGGAAAACCGUGCCAGAACGGUUCCAACACGCCGACGCCGAACCAGCAGCAACAAGCUGUGCAACAGAACGGAGCCGGUGUGGUGCUGGGCCAGCAGCACCAGAACCAGCAGCAGGUGAACGCUUUGGACCUGGAGGACUUGUCUCCGAGUCCCCCUUCUCUGCACAGCCAGCUCAGCAUGGCGCAAAUUGACAGUUCUGCCGUAGAUUACACCAACAACAUGGUCAGCUCGAACCUCCUUUACGGCAGGACGUGGUAGGACACGUGCACACUCUUUUCUAUAUCAGCCUGCGGAUGAUGAGCCCAUCACACACACACACACGCGCGCGCACACACACACACACACACACAUAUAUAUAUAUAGAGAGAGAGACAUAUAAAUGACGUCAUAUAAAAGUGGGGCCCCCUGUGGACGCACUGACAAGAAGUACCAGCUGAUCAGAGGCACAUUUUCUUGACAUCUGAAAAGAAGGGAGUCUAUUUUUGAACAUUACGCACAGGCUUGACCCUUCAAGACGCUUCGGGCCCCUUUUUUGUAAUCUUUUGGACCUUCAUGAUGUUUGAUGUUGAGAAAAAAAAAAAAAAAAAGAAGAAAAGAAUAGGGGACAGAGAUGAGAUCCACACUGUUCGCAGCAAUCUAGUAUUAUUUCACAGUCAAAUACUGUCAUCCAAAUUUACUGAAACCUUACAAGUGUAAAAAUGACAUGACCCUUUAGAUUUCGCAGUAAAUUACUUCAAAUAUGAACGAUAUGUAAUUAUGAGGCAGUAAUUUACUGCAAAUUUACAAUGUUUUUUUUAAUGUUUUUAUUUUUUAUUUUUUUACCGUGUGCACUUUGUCCUCUACUGUAAACUAAUGUAUUCAAUUAGAACUAUUAAAUGAAUUAGCGACUUGUAUAUUUGGCUAACAUCCAACACAUGCGUUUUAAUUGUAUAAUAUUAAUAUUUGUUUUCUUCAUUCUUUUUUUUUUUUUAUUUUAUUCAAUUUUUUGUAAGUUAAAAUCGGGAACAAAUAGAGCUGCUGUAUGUUUUAAACCCAAGUGAACAAUAAGAAUAAAUAACUUGA